AUGGUUGACAUUGAACAUUCAGUAUUGGCACAAGAUGACAGUGAUGAUGAAUUGCAUAGAGGUCGAAGAAAGGAUCAAGCCACAGCUGACUCGAUAAUACCCAAUAAUUUAUCGUUUGCUUAUCUUGAUGUAUCAGUUGGUGAAUAUGCAAGCUUUCGGCAAAAUUUCUGUCAAAAAACUGGUUGCAACUCAAACUUAUGGGCAAACUACACUAGCGAAGACCAAUUUAAAGCGUUUAUCAAGAGUGGUUCUGUAGAAAAGAAGAUUUUGCUUAUUUCAACAGGCAGACAGUGUGCAAAUAUUAUCAAGGACAUUCACAGUCUUCCUCAACUUCAUUCGGUGUAUAUAUAUUGUCAAGUUGUGGCCAACUAUGAAUCACUACGAAAAGAAUAUUCUAAAUUGCGUGGUGUUUUCAGCAAACCUGAUCUGCUACUUACCCGCAUAUGUAACGAUUUGGAAGCAGAAACGUUGCCAAAAGCUCCAAUGCAAACGCGACGUGAAGGAGAACGUCAUACAGUAACAUCGGAUAUUAUCUCACCGGCAGAUCAAGAAGCUUUAAUUGAACGAGCCAGAAAAGCAGCGACUCCACCUAAACAGAAUCAAAUACCGACCGAAAAUGGUGUCGAAGUUUUCUCUCAACCAGGCAUUCAUUGGUGUCCAUGGAAUGCAAAUAGUUGUACGAAAACACUUCCAGUCAAAGGUCAAGGAACAGUAGCAGUGAUGGAACUCGAACCAAUGCCAUUUGAACUUUGUCUUUCUUCUAAACCAAAUCCAGACGAUCCAGAAGCUUUUUCCAUUAUUCUUGGUAUUGACACAACUGGAGCUUUUUUUGGUACGAACAAAAAGACCUAUGAUCAAAGUCAUAUACCACAGCACUUAAUUCAACCAAACAAUGGUAAAUGGCACACAUAUUGGCUUAGCUUUUUCAAAGACACUCGCAAACUUCGAUAUGGCAUAGGCGAGAUUCGUUCAAUGUUCAGUAUUUUUGAAAUUACAAUUGAAGAAGAUAUGGCAUCAGAACUGCGAGAAAUUCAUUAUCUUCACGUUAAAUUUCCUGAUUUUACUCGUGCUGUUGAUCGUAGUGUUAAAGAUCCGAAUGGUUGGUGUCACAAGAAAUUGGUCGCAAAAGCAAAUAGAUUCGGUCGACCAAAUUUCUAUGCUACUUACUUACGUGUCACAGUUGGCAAUCGUGAUGGUAGUGCACCCGGUCAUAAAUAUGUUGUAGAAAUCUGGCCACCUGGUCAUUACAGUCCAAUUCAUAAUCAUAGCAAUGCUUACGGAAUUAUCAAAGUACUCUGUGGGCGUCUUCUUGUCAAACUUUAUCCCGAAUUGUCACUCAAUGUUCGACAAUAUUCACCUAUCGAGACUCUUCUUGAAGAAGGUCAAAUAACAUGGAUGUUGCCCAGACUGAAUCAGACUCAUCAAGUGAGAAAUCCUGAUUUAUAUGGUGCAUGUUCCAUUUCUAUUCAAUGUUAUCAAUAUGGAGAAGAAGACGAGGAACAUUACGAAUAUUUCGACUAUUUAAACAAUGAUGGACAAUCGAUUGGACAAUUCAAUCCAAAAAAUGAUGAUGUGAAUUGUACUGUUGAUCUUCGUCUACUUCCAUGGAUGCUUCGUCAAAUUGUUCUUCAUCAUUAUCCAUUUGUUGUUGUUGUUGUUGUUCUUCUUCUUCUUCGUCGUCGUCGUCUUCGCCGUCUUCGUCUUCCUCUUCUUCAAAUUGUUCGGUAUUAUAAUUAUCGUUGA